UUUAUUCUUGGCUCGGGAGCUAUCCUGGAGUUUUUGUGCUCUGGGAGUAGCGCUCCACUAGUUGAGCCACAGCUUCAUUUCCAGCUCUUUAGUGGUUAAUUGGAGAUAAGAAACUCACCAUUCUAGCCACAGCUCCACUUCCGGCGUUUCCUGGUUAAUUGGAGAAAAAAAAGUCUCCUGGACUUUCCAGCCCUGGCUGGUUUGGAACCGGAUUUUCACUUCUCCGCCUCCUGAGUAGCCAGGAUUUUAGGCGUGAGUCUCGGGGGCUCCUGGCUUUCCCCAAAAGUCUUUUAAAAUGCAUCCUAGAAGUAAAUGUCAGAGAGUCGCCGGCCGGGGGCGAGCCGAUGCGGAGGUGCACUCCGUGCCCACCAUGCCGGGAAUAUUCUGCAAGAACCCGGACCUGGAAUUUGACUCUCUGCAGCCCUGCUUCUAUCCGGAUGAAGACAACCUCUACUUUGGGGCCCCGGGCUCGACUCCCCUGGGAGAGGACAUUUGGAAGAAGUUUGAGCUGCUGCCCACGCCUCCGAGAUCGCCCAGGCGCCCCGUCCUGGAGCCCAGCCCGGUGUUCUCGCACUGGACCAACGAGAUGAUGCUGGCGGAGGCCGAUGUGUGGGACUACGCAGCCGAAGAAAAUGCGUUCAGACUGGGGGUACUGGCCACUCUCACCCCCAACCCCGUCAUCCUCCAGGACUGUAUGUGGAGCGGCUUCUCGGCCCGCGAGAAGCUGGAGCGCGCGCUGAGCGAGAAACUGCAACAUAAUCGCGGGAACCCGAAUGCCGGCCCCGCCACCCCGGCCUUGGGAUCGGACUGCACCAGUUCUCUGGGCUGGGCGCCGGACGGGGCGGCUGGAGCUAGCUGUGCCGGGGCCGCUUUGCCCACCAACAUCGCCCACUCUGCCGCCAAAAGCGCGGACCCCGCUGUGGCCUCUCCAUUCUCGGGAACCCAGCGCAAGCCGGCUCUGACGCCCGUGCCCGCCGCUCGGCGCAAGGCUCCCAAGGCCAGCUCUACAGCAUUCCCGGCCGCCCGGACCACUGCCGGUGUGUUCGCCCCUUCGAGCUCAGGGGGCCGCCCAGCUAGAGGUUGGGGCCACAAGGCCCUCAACACCUCUGGAGAGGAUAUUCCAAAGGGCUCAGAUGAUGGAGAUGAUGAGGCAGAAAUCGACGUGGUGGUGAUCACCAAGCAGAAGCGUUCCUCCAACAACAACAACAACAAGGCUGAGAUCACCACCUUGAGCCCCAAGAACGCAGCCCUGGGCCCGGAGUCGGUGCAGUCCAGUGAGCUGAUCCUGAAGGGCUGCUCCCCGAUCCAUCAGCUGCACAACUACGCGGCACCGCCGCCCGAAGGGGAAAUCGAGGAUGUGCCCUCUCCGAAAAAGAUGAAGAACGAGGUAUCCGCUCGGUCGCUCAAGAGCCUUAGUCCCGCAAAGGCUAAGAGCUGGAGCCCACGACCUUCGGACUCCGAAGACGAGCGUCGCCGCAACCACAACAUUCUGGAGCGCAAACGUCGCAGUGACCUGCGGUCCAGCUUCCUCAAGCUGAGGGAUCACAUUCCCGAGCUGGCGGAGAAAGAGAGGGCCGCCAAGGUGCUCAUCUUGAAGAAGGCCUCCGAAUAUAUGCAGGAGCUUGAGGCCGAGGAGCAGAAGCUUCUUCAGGAAAAGGAGAGGCUGGAGGCCACAAAGCAGCAGUUGCUAAAAGAAUUAAACACUUUAACUGGCUAAGCCUUUCCCAAAUGGACAGUCACUGUAGUUUUGCACGUUUGUUGCUUUUUUCUUAAGUUCUACGUUGACUUUAAGAAUAUUAGUUCACUUUCCAAUCGAUUCUUCCUGUUUGGAUCUGGACAUGGGGCAGGACAUAUGUGGCAUUCUGCCAGGAUCUUGGAGAGGCUUGGUGGUGACGGUGACCCUUUGCAGCUUCCUCCAUCUCAACUUCGGACAUGGACAGCCCAUGGACAUGUGUGACAGUUGGGAGCCUCUGGGGCUGUGGAAGGCACCGUGUUGGUUUCCAAGUUUUCAAACACCUGCCAUUCCUUCCUUUUCAAUGGUGCUCAAGUUCCAGCAGAUACUGCUGACCACUUGAUGCCUCUGGGAGACAGUUUUGUACAUACGGUUGACAUACCCACCUUUUCUAUCAUCCUGUGUAAUUAGAGGUAGCUUUUGCGGCCAGUAUUAAAGUGGAAGUUCACACGUAAGUACUAUAAUGUCUCAAGGUUUGAGGAGCAUGCUUGU